GCCACCGUACAGCAGAAGGGUGACGUGCGAUUGAAAACAAUCGAAUUUCCGGAAUCCAUCGUCGAUUAGCAUGUUUUUUUCGAUUUCUUCAAUUAAAACAAAGAUCUGGAGACAACUACCCCAUGUUCAUGAAGUGAUGUCAGCCUUUUGGAAUAACGUUUUUAAUCAAUAGUACUGUAUGUUGCAAAAUAUCCCAUUAUUGACUUGUAACAAGGCUAGUACCAGUGUCAUGUUAGCUAGCUAGCUUUUCUUUUUUUACCAAGCCUGAUACGACCCCAUUUUUGUCUGAUACCUUGUUUGUUACCAAGUCGAAUUUUACGAUGUGACCGUUUUAUUGAACCUAUGUUGCACUCUUCUGCGCUGGACGGUCUUCGCCACUUGGUUGCUAGCUAGCUGGAGGAGCUGUCACUCUUAUUGGUUAGAGAAACAUACGUGAUAGACAUGGCAUAUUUCUACCCACUUAUUAUGAAUAAUAGGGCUAUCUGAAGAGAUUCACUUUAGGAUCACACACACACAGUCCUGACUUGCUCCCACAAGUACAGAUGUUUGGGACAGAUCCCACUGUGAAUUGAUCUGUGAAAAAGACACACACACACAAGCAGUAUGUCAGAGAACCUAGUCCUCACCUUUCAGACCCAGCUUUCGGGAGUCAUGGAGACGGUCCUAAAGUCAGCCAUGUAUGAGAUCACCAGACUGGUGGAGGAUGGCUUCCUGGAGGAAGUAAGACGUGGUCAACAGGAAGUGACACGGAGCCACCAGGAAGUGGAGUCUCUGCGGACCUUGCUGCAGCGGGCAGAGAGUCAGCUGAAGGAUGUCAGUCAGAGGACCAGGUGUGGAGACUGUGGCAGGACAGAUGUCUACAACGAGGAAACAAACGACAGACCUCCAGGAAUACAGGACAGUGUGCUUCUACUGAGCGGGUGUGACCUGAAGCUGGAGGAGGAGCCAGAGGUCAGGUGGAGAAGCUGUGGACAGGAAACAGUGGAGUCAUCACAGGUACCAGCUAAUCCAACUCCUCCCACUCCUCCAGCUCCCAGUCCUUCGCUGGUAGGCAGUGUUAAGGAGGAGGAAGGGGAGGAGGACAUAGAACCAUGGAGAAUCAAGGUGGCCAUACAGCCGUCUGCAGCUCACACCUACACAGAGGAGCAGCGGGACUCACACUCACUCGUUCAGAGUACAGGAGACUCUAUUGGGUUUCCCUCUGUGGCCCCAGAGGCCCAACAGGUCACCCAGACACCCAGACUAGCAGGGCCAUCUCAGAACCAGAGCAGAGGACCCAGCAAUGACGGUGACAGAACGAGGAGUACAGCCUCACCGGUGUGGAUAGGCCGUAGAAUAUUAGACACGGAUACUGACGUUCACAGACAAGCUCAGUCGAACCUACGACUGGUAAGAGAGCCUCUGUUGUCCUCUGAAUCGGCAGAGGCGAAGCAGCUAGCUAGAGAUUUCGCUCCCCCAACCAAUCCCAGCACAGCGGGGGCCUCUGUCUCCUCCUCAUCAUCAGGCUGUCAUGUCUUCAGCUCUCUAAACUACAGGAUUCCUUCCAAAUAUAAGCCCAGCGCUCAAACCCUGCCGCGCAUGAGAGUAUACAGGGAUGCUGCCAAGCGGGGCGGCUACCCGAUGUACAACAGGGGGACUGCCCAGGGAGGGCUCACCUCCUCCCAAACCCCAACCCAACAACAAGGGAACCACCAGCAUCACCACCCUGGGAGGCUGGCCCUCCGCUGCCCAGUGUGUGGUAAGGUCUUCCCCCAUCCCAGUAGCCUUAAGGCCCACCAGCAGACCCACACGGGGGAGAGGCCGUUCAUCUGCGCCCUGUGUGGCCGGAGCUUCACUAAGUUAAGCAACCUGAAGGCCCACCGGCGCGUUCACACUGGGGAGAGACCUUACAGCUGCUCGGACUGCGGCAAACGCUUCACACAGAAGUGCAACCUUAAGAGGCACCAGAGGAUUCACAUGGAGAACGAUAUAUGAUGUGGGCGGGGAGGAGUGUGUGGGUGUGGGAAGGAAUGUGGGUGUGGGCGGGGAG